AUGUCCAACGCACCAAAAGACACAAAAGGCACAGCCCACGACUCCAAAACCAGCGAGCAGCCACUCUCCCAAGACAAGAAGCCAACCGCACAACUAGAAGAGGACGAUGAAUUUGAAGAUUUCCCCGUAGAAGACUGGACAGAAGAGGAGACACAGAUUCCUGGCGGCAACGCACAUUUGUGGGAAGAGAGCUGGGAUGACGAUGAUACGAAUGAGGAUUUCUCGGUACAGCUGAGGGAGGAACUCAAGAAAUUGGGUAAAUGA